AUGGCUGCAAGACCAUUCAAAUAUGCUUCACAAGCAAAUCAUACCUUCAAACUUUUACUAAAUCCACCACGCUUUAGUUUGAACAAAACCAUAUACCAGUAUCAGUUUUCAUGCAAGAACUUUAUCGGCGUUAUAUUCCAGCCACAAAAAAUGAUGUAUUUCUGUACAGCGACUCUCCCAGUGGGCUAUGGAUUUCUUGUUGCUAUUCUAUUUUGUAUGGCAUUGUAUCUUAUUGCGGCUGCCAUAUACAACUGGUCAGUGUAUGCAUGUUGUGUUCGUCGGAUAUUCAGAUCAGAAACGCGUGGUCUGCCUUCAGCUUCAUCAAAAUUCAUUAUCAAGCUGGGCAUUUCGCUCCUCACCCUCAUAUUGAUCAUUCUAGUGCUUGGAAACUAUCAAGCAAGUAGAUUCAUUACAAUAACAGGAUCGGCUUUUCAAUCAACUUCAAUUCAGCUCGUUCAAAGCCUAUCGAAAAUCGCCAAUACAAUUCCUUCUGAUAUUGAUGCAGGAUUUAUCGAUCUCAUUUUGACAGUAAAGAAUGUGACUCAGUAUAGCCCUGUUACUGCUCAAGAUGUCACACGCCUUGCUACGGUGUCCAAUGCAAGUAUCCAAGGAUACUUUACUUCAUUGUCCGACUCUGAGAGAUAUCGUGUAGCUUUAAACUCGUCGCUGGUUCAAGGGGGAACAGAUCAAACAUCUGCCAUAACUGGACUUACUUCUGUUCAAGCCUAUUACGAUGCACUGAUGUUGGCGAUUCAGGCAAUCAAUAGCGCAUAUAUUGCAAUACCUGGAUCCAACAAUCAGUAUUAUGCCAUUCAAGCUUCACAAAAGCUCAAUCCAACAGAUAUUUCCACAAACAUGACAAUACUAAAUGCAUACUUUGGCUCUUUUCCUAGUUUAAACGAGCUGUAUAGCCAGUUUCCAGAAAAUCUAACUGUUAUGCUGAGUGAUGGACAGGCCAUUGCAAACAAUACAACUGAUAGUCUCUCUACUGUAAUUUCCACCUCACUUGAAGCUCUAGUGCGCUUAAUAGCAAGUGCAGUUGUAUCCAGAAAAUUCUCGACAAUAUCUCCAAUUGAUAUAUACACAGUAGCCAUAUCGAUGAGUCUUGAUUCCUUUACAUUAAAACUCCAAACCAUCAUGCCAUCAAUAAGCACCAUCAACGUAUAUAGACAAUUAGCCCAACUUUCACUCACGGCACUUGUGCUUUUAUUUUUCUUCAUGUGGUGGAUAGAAAUAUUUUUGGGAAAUGCAUCUUUGUCACGAUUGCGUACUUUGUUUCAACAGCAUUGUUGGCAGAAGGCAAGUUGUCGAAUGACAUUUGACGAGUCGCCGCCCGUUAUUCAAAAAUAUUUAGACUACCCAAUCGCUACCAGCACUAUAAAUAAUCUUUUGAUUGUUCGUAAUGUGUGUAUGAGUAAUAAAACGCUGCUAUCUGCUGGUGUUGAACUUGGUGCCAUCGAUGCAAAUCAAGCCAAUAUUACAAGCCAGAUGAUGAUGACGAUUCCGUCUGUUCAAGCACCUCCUCAGCUUAAUGUCGAAACAUAUCUCCCAAUAUCCACACCACCUGCACAGUUUUUUACCAAUGUCACUGCAUUCAACAUUAGCACUUUGAACACGUCCAAUCUGACCAUGCUAACAGCAAUGUCAAUUCCGGCACUCAAAAACGCGCUAUCUACACUGCGAUCGAUCGUGAGCAAUAUGCAAUCCAGCUACACGGUGUCCGAUUUACAAUACACUGGAGGUGCUACCAACGCAGAUAAAAACAAUUCAUUGAUUGAUUUUCGUUCCAGAUGUACCACUAUCAUUUCAGGCAUUGAUAAUCUUGGUGGCAGUACACUGGAUUGGUUUUCAGCAAACACUACCUCGCUAGUAUCCGAUGUAUCUAAUUUAAGCUCCACAACUACUCAGUACCAGAACUCGACAACAACCGCAAUCUCAUAUUAUACUGAACUGACAGCAAUAGUCUCAAUUCUCAUGGCAGAUACCAUGAGUACAUCGAUUUCCAAUUCAUACUUGCGAUUGUCAGACCAAUUAAGUUGCUUUAGCAUGGCUCAGCAAGCAUACACUCUUCAAGACCAAGUAUGCGGAGUUGGUCUUGCCGAUUUGGAUUCUAUUUGGUUUAUCUUUCUUCUGAUGUCUAUUGUGAUUACUGUGACGAUUCCACUCAUAAUGCAUGCAACAAAAACCCUAAUGUACAAUCAGAAAGAGCUUGCCAAACCCAAACCUCGUUCCAAACCUCUUGAUAAACUCCAGCAAAAGUCUGCAAAUCGUACCCAUCCUGAGAUUCUUAAAUCUAGUCGUAGACACGGAGAAAGCCGAAACUCGUCCGUAUCAUACGUUUCCAGAGAUGACAAUGCACAUGAAUUCAAUGCUGGGGUAGCUAGAACCAGUACUACAAGCUCUUUUUCUGGAACGGAUCAGGAUAUAGGCGAGAUUUCGCCUGGUGUGGGCAUACCUUUGAAUUCUCGAUAUCAAGGCUAUAAUGCUCCCACAUCGAGGAACCACGAAAGAUUGUCGUUGAAACCUCUUGUACCAUCCAAUCGACGAUGAUUCCAGAGGAUCAAGUCACUGAUGUUUUUUUAAAGCACUAGAAAAUAAAAUAAUCAUUGAUUGUGUUG